CCGGACACCACGCCCCACUCCUCACGGGUGGCCUGCUCUGCCCACCCGCAGUUGGCUCCUGAGUCCCUGGAUCCUCGCACGCUGCGGCUGCUGUGGGGGCAGCGAGAACUAGAGAUCCAGGCCUUGCGGUGGGAGGUCCAGAAUGGCCGGGACACCCGGCUCUGCCACAUCCUGCAGGAGGUGGCGGGGCUUCCGCCCAAGAGGAGCUCCCACAGUCAGGAGAGGCUACUGCAGAGCCGGGUCCAGAAGCUGACCCUGCAGCUAAAGGAACAGAAAGAGCGAGCCCAGUGGGAGAAGGAGUACCUGGAGGAGCAGCUGCUGGAGACCACCCGCAGGCUCCAGGAGGUGGAGGCCGAGCUGCAGAACUUCCAGAAGUCCUGCCUCCUGCAGCUAGCCCGCUCCUCGUGGGUGGGCCGCAUGCUGCGAUCCCAGACUGGCAGUGUGGAGGGCUUUCGGCUGGAGGACGUGGACUGGAACAGUAUUGCCCACCGGUACCCCAACCUCUUCACCAACAUGGAGCUUGACUCACAGCAAAAGCAGCCCUGGCCCUGGCCACAGCUAGACACAGACAGCCCGGGGUCCCCUGGAAAGCACUCCGAGGGGCAUCACAAGACCGUGAACUGGGGCUCCCUGCCCUGUCUGGGCACCAGCAGCUCAGGGGGUGCUGACUCCGACUCCAGCAGCUACCAGCGGGGACUGCCUUACCACCUGCUGAAGGCAUCAGGGCACUCGCCCCAGGGCUGGGGUGCUUCCUGCGAGCAGGCACUGGUGCAGGCCAGGAACUCUAGAAAAGGAUCAGAAGAUCUCCAGAAAACCCGAUCAGCCAGGCACCGCAAGCCGGUCCCGGCGCCAGAGCUCUGCACAGACCCUGACUACCCGGGCCCCGAACACCCGCAGAGCCCGACGAGCAGCUGCCUGAAGAUCGUGGCCGUGAGCGUCCGCGAGAAGCUCGUCCGCAUCCUCAAUCAGUCGCAGCAGGAGACGGCCGACCUGGGCGGCGCGGUGCUGAAGCAGCUGGUGCGCGGCCGCCCGGAGCGCCUGUACCGCUUCCCGCCGGCCACGCUGCUGGCCCCGCGCCACCACAUCACGGUCUGGGGCGAGGGGCCCCGCAACGCCGAGAAGCCGCCGUGCGCGUCCUCUGGCCGGGAGCCCAAACCCUCCCACUCCAGCCGCCACUGCGUGACGCUGCUCCUGGGCCCCAAGGGCGAGGUCCUCAGCGAGCACCGGAUCCCACACUGCGCGACUCCGGCCCCAAGGGUCUUCGUCGGCUACACCGACUUGUCCAUCGACCGCUUCCCGCUCCCGGAGGUGGAGCCCGGCACCGACCCCUGCGAGCCGCCUGGAACCCCGCGCAGAGGCCGCGUGCGAGAGCCCCGGGUCGGUCGCCGGAGGCCACGGUGGGAACCGCGGGUCCCCGGGACCCCGCCUCCUCUCCAAGCCCCCCCCCAGCAAAACGGUCCCGCGGAUCCCCUCGCCUGGGCGGCCCCAACGUCCCCAGGUCCCGUCCUGCCGCCCCGAGUCACCAGGGCGUCCCUCAGCCCCUGCACCAUGCCAGGCGCGGAGCCCUCUAGGGCCGCUUUCCACGGGCCGGCCGCCGCCCUCAUGAUCCUCGCCCCCCAGGACGCGGGCCCUACACCGCCGCCGAGCUCGGGGAAGCGCUUCCACCCGCGGGAGGGGCCCGCGCAGCACCUGCCCCCCAUCCCCGGGGAGCGCGCGCCGGAGGGAGAGCGCGGCCCGCCUGACCCCACCCCACCGCCGCCUCCCGCAGACGCCGGGCUGGGCCUGGAGGAGCACCGAGUUCGGGUGUGCCGGAAGAGCGUGGACCGCGGCUGCCCCAUGGUCGCCCUGUCGGUGCCGAGCACGGCCGAGAGCAGAUACGGCUUCCGCUUCCUCAGCUGCCUGCCGUUCACCGCGGACGCCUGCCGCCGCGCCUAGGGGCCGGGACCGCGGGGAGGGCGGGCGGGACGGGCGCGGGGACUAGGCAGGGGGGUCCGCUGCGUAAUUUAAUGAACCAACGUUGCCUACAAAGUAAAUCGCAUUUCUGUACACCUG